AUGUCUGGAAGCGAUAAAUCCAAGUCUCAGACCGACGGAAAGGCCGGUCAGAAGGGAAUGUCCGACUUCGGCAUGAUGUCCUACAAGAUGUGCGUGUACGACCAGGAGAACUUCCAGGGCCGCUGCACCGAGAUCAUGAACGAGUGCAUGAACGUGUGCGACUUUGGCAUGGACAGGGUGCGCUCUCUGAAGGUUUUCUGUGGUCCUUUCGUGGGCUUCGAGCAGAUGAACUUCUGUGGAGAGAUGUACAUCCUGGAGAAGGGAGAGUACCCCCGCUGGGACUCUUGGAGCAACUGUCAGAGGAACGACUACCUCCUCUCCUUCAGGCCCGUCCGCAUGGACCCAGAGAAGCACAAGAUCUGCCUGUAUGAGGUGGGCGACUACAAGGGCCGCAAGAUGGAGAUCAUGGACGAUGACGUGCCCAGUCUGUUCUCCUACGGAUUCACCGACCGCGUGGGCAGCGUCAUGGUCAGCUGUGGCACAGUCCUCAAAGGGGGGGGGCUGUGUCUAAAUGUCUUUGAUUACUUCAUUUGUGCGGCGCACGCUCCCAGCUGGGGGAGGCGGCCCCCUGCGGAGCGCCGUGUGAUGAGGCAGAAACAGAUCGAUAUUAGGGCUGUUUGUCUUACAGCGUUGAUCCUGGUGGAACUUACAGCAGUGGUGUUCGGGAGCUGGGUGGGGUAUCAGUUCCCUGGAUACCGUGGCAGCCAGUACCUGUUCGAGAAGGGCGAAUACAGACACUUCAAUGAGUUCGGAGCCCGUUGCCCACAGAUGCAGUCCAUGAGGCGGAUUCGCGACAUGCAGUGGCACCCUCACGGCUGCUACACCAUGGCCGCCAAUAACUGA